AUUAGGGUGAUGUGGUAAUAAAGGUCUGGUCUCGCAUUCAAAGGUGGAGUACUCCGAUUUUGAUUCUCGACUACACACGAAUUAGUCUUGAGAAGUAAGGCACACUGUUCAUUCAAUAUGGCGGGCCUUUCCACCUCCGGCGCCGGCGCCUGGUCCUCGGCACUCUCAGGAAAGUCCGAUGACGAGAAGGAGGACCUCCUCGACAGAAUGCUCACGCGUCUGGCGCUAUGCGACGAUUCUAAGCUCCAAGACUUGCUCGCUAAGAUUCUCCCCCUCUCCAUUGCUGCCCUUUCCUCUGCUUCCGCUCCUCUCCGCAAUAAAGUUAUGGAAAUCCUCAGUCACGUGAACAAGAGAGUGAAGCAUCAGGCAACAAUUGGCCUACCUCUGUCUGAUUUAUGGAAAUUGUACAUGGAAUCUAGUUCUGCUCCUAUGGUUAGAAACUUUUGCAUUGUCUAUAUAGAGAUGGCAAUUGACCGUGUGCAGAAGGAGGAAAAGCAACUACUAGCUCCGGUAUUUUUAACCAACAUCUCUAAGCUGCCUUCCCAACACCAGGAUAUAUUACUUAAGAUCAUGGCAAAGGUUAUUGGCGAAUGCCAUACAUCUCAAGUCAGUGAUGCGAUUCUGGGACAGUAUAAGGCCUUAGUAGGUUCUAAGGACCUUGAGAUAUUUCUUGAGUUUUGUCUUCAUACAAUUUUGUAUCAGCCAUCUUCUCAGAGCGGAGGACGCCCAGCUGGGCUUUCAACUAUUCAAUUUCGACGUGUUACUGGAAAUGACCCCCUUGAUUAUGAUAAGCUACGCAAUAGAAAGACAGGAAUGCUUAAUAUAAUUGAAGCUUUGGAACUUCAAUCUGAACUAGGUUAUCCUAUCUAUAUAGCUGCUUGCACGGACAGUCAUGAACCUGUUAUUAAGAAGGGGGAGGAGCUCUUGAAGAAGAAUGCAUCUGCUGUGAAUUUAGAUGACCAAAAUCUGAUCAACAAAUUAUUUCUAUUAUUUAAUGGAACCACUGGCUCUGAGAACAUUGCUCCAGAUUCCAAAGCAAAUCCUGGAAAUCUAGCCCUGAGAGUGAGACUGAUGUCUAUUUUUUGCAGAUCAAUUACUGCAGCAAACAGCUUCCCCUCAACUUUGCAAUGCAUUUUCGGGUGCAUAUUUGGGGUUGAUGCCACGUCCAGGUUGAAGCAGUUGGGUAUGGAGUUUACAGUUUGGGUCUUCAAACAUGCUAGAAUGGAACAAUUGAAGCUUAUGGGUCCUAUAAUAUUAACUGGAAUUUUAAAAACUCUUGAUAACGUCUCGUCUCUGGAAUCUGAUGCUGUUGCUAGAGAGACUAGAAGUUUUUGUUUCCAAGCAAUUGGAUUGCUUUCACAACGCAUGCCCCAACUCUUCAGGGAGAAAAUUGAUGUGGCAGUUCGACUGUUUGAUGCUCUGAAGCUUGAGGGACAGUAUCUCCGCUUGAUUGUUCAGGAAGCAACAGCUUCCCUUUCUGUUGCAUAUAAGGAUGCUCCCCCAAAGGUGUUAAAGGAUGUGGAGUCACUGCUGUUGCAAAAUUCUCAAGUGGAACAAAGUGAAGUUCGGUUUUGCGCUGUAAGAUGGGCGACAUCCUUAUUUGAUUUAAAGCAUUGUCCAAGCAGGUUUAUUUGUAUGCUUGGAGCAGCAGACCCAAAAUUGGACAUAAGAGAAAUGGCACUGGAAGGGUUAUUUCCUGGUGAUAAAUUAAGGAACUCAGUGUUGCAAAGCAUCUCAAUUGAGUAUCCCAAACUUUCAAACAUGCUGGCUUGUAUCCUAGAGCAGCAGCCAAUGAUCUUACAUUCUACUAGUGUUGGAGAUACAAAGCUUCUUUUCCAGUCCAAGACUUAUGUGGUUAUGGUGAAGUUUCUGUUGAAGUGCUUUGAGACAGAAGCUGCUCAACCUAGCUUAUCUGAUGACUCCGGGUUCAUAAACUCAGUAGAGAGACUCUGUUUAUUGCUGGAAAAUGCUAUGACAUAUGAAGGUUCUGUUGAAUUGCAUGCUUCAGCUUCCAAGGCUCUCAUUACUUUGGGAUCUCAGUUCCCCCAGAUGAUUGCGUCUCGCUAUGCUGAAAAAGUUUCAUGGCUUAAACAAUAUCUCAGUCAUUUGGACUAUGAUACUCGUGAGUCUAUGGCACGUUUACUAGGAAUGACAUCCUCUUCCCUUCCUAUUUCUGCUGCUACUGAACUUAUUAGCGAAUUGACGUCUUCAAUUAGUGGAACACAAAAAUUGAGGUUUGAAGCACAACAUGGCCAGCUAUGUGCUUUAGGAUAUGUUACAGCAAACUGCUUGUUGAGAGCUCCUCCUAUCUCCAAUUCAGUGCUUCACAGUGUAUUGAAAUGUUUGGUCGAUUUAGUUAAUAACGAGACCUCCACAUUAGCUUCUGUGGCGAUGCAAGCUCUGGGACAUAUUGGAAUCUGCACCCCACUGCCUCCACUGGUUAUUGACUCUGCUGAAGUUUCAACUUGGACCCUCUUGCAAAAAAAAUUAAGCAAACUGCUUGCUGGUGAUGAUAUCAAAGCAGUGCAAAAAACUGUGAUCGCUUUGGGGCACAUGUGCGCAAAAGAAUCAUCUUCAUCACAUCUAACUAUUGCUCUUGAUCUGAUUUUCAGCCUUUCCCGGUCGAAGGUUGAAGAUACAUUAUUUGCUGCUGGAGAAGCUCUUUCAUUCAUGUGGGGAGGUGUUCCUGUCACUAUUGAUGUGAUUCUCAGAACUAAUUAUUCUUCAUUAUCCAUGAGUUCUAAUUUUUUAAUGGGAGAUACAUCCUCAUCUCUGCCAAGGCCCCCUUCAGAGGAAUUUCAAAACAAUGAAGAUUACCAUGUUGCAGUUAGAGAUGCUAUUACCAGAAAACUAUUUGAUGUCCUUCUGUACAGCAACAGAAAAGAGGAGCGCUGUGCUGGAACUGUGUGGUUACUAUCACUUACAAUAUAUUGCGGCCAUCAUGCAAGCAUCCAGAAAUUGCUUCCAGAUAUCCAGGAAGCAUUUUCACACCUUAUCGGUGAGCAGAAUGAACUUACUCAAGAGUUGGCAUCUCAGGGCCUGAGUAUUGUUUAUGAACUUGGUGAUGAUUCUACGAAGAAAAAUUUGGUUAAUGCACUUGUUGGAACUUUAACUGGCUCCGGGAAGAGGAAGAGAGCUGUAAAGCUGGUUGAGGACACUGAAGUGUUCCAAGAAGGUGCCUUUGGUGAAAGCCCUACUGGAGGAAAACUGAGCACUUACAAGGAGCUUUGUAAUCUCGCUAACGAGAUGGGACAACCUGACCUGAUUUAUAAAUUCAUGGAUUUAGCCAAUUACCAGGCUUCCCUUAAUUCAAAACGAGGUGCUGCUUUUGGGUUUUCUAAAAUAGCUAAGCUUGCAGGGGAUGCCUUACAACCUUACCUCAGUGCAUUGAUUCCUAGACUUAUUCGCUAUCAGUAUGAUCCUGAGAAGAAUGUCCAGGAUGCAAUGUCACACAUCUGGAAAUCAUUGAUAGCAGAUUCAAAAAAAGCAAUUGAUGAAAAUCUGGACCUUAUUUUUGACGAUCUGUUAAUACAAUGCGGGUCUAGGCUCUGGCGGUCCAGAGAGGCUUCUUGUCUUGCUCUUGCAGAUGUACUCCAGGGACGAAAAUUUGACCAGGUUGAGAAACAUUUGAAAAGUAUAUGGAUAGCUGCGUUUCGGGCUAUGGAUGACAUAAAAGAAACUGUCAGAAAUGCGGGUGACAGAUUGUUCCGUGCUGUUUCAUCAUUAACUGGGAGGUUAUGCGAUGUUUCCCUCACACCAGUUCCAGAAUCGAGACAGACGAUGGCUAUAGUUCUGCCUUUGUUGUUGACAGAAGGCAUAAUGAGCAAGGUUGACAAUAUUCGUAAGGCUUCCAUUGGUAUGGUUACGAAGCUUGCAAAGGGUGCAGGAAUUGCAAUUCGGCCGUACUUGAGUGAUCUGGUUUGUUGCAUGCUGGAAAGCCUGUCUAGCCUUGAAGAUCAAGGAAUGAAUUAUGUAGAGAUGCAUGCCGAAAAUGUGGGUAUAAAGACUGAAAAACUAGAAAACUUGAGGAUUUCAAUUGCCAGAGGAUCUCCAAUGUGGGAAACUCUUGAAUUCUGCAUAGACGCCGUUGAUUCCCAUUCUCUAGAAUUAUUGGUUCCUCGUCUUUCCCAGAUGGUCCGGUCUGGCAUUGGCUUGAACACUAGGGUUGGUGUAGCUAACUUUAUCAGCCAGCUAGUUCAAAAAGUUGGUCUUGACAUCAAGCCGUUCACUAGUACGCUAUUGAGGCUUUUACUUUCAGUUGUUAAGGAUGAAAGAAGUGCUUCGUCAAGACGCGCCUUUGCAAGUGCUUGUGCAAUUGUUAUGAAGUAUGCAGCUCCUUCUCAGGCCCAGAAAUUGAUUGAAGAUACUGCACGUUUGCAUUCUGGUGAUAGGAAUGAUCAGAUUGCAUGUGCAAUCCUAUUGAAAAGUUAUGCAUCCACAGCUGCUGAUACGUUAAAUGGAUAUCAAGCCAUUAUAGUUCCAGUUAUUUUUGUUUCAAGAUUUGAAGAUGACAAGACUAUUUCUAGUUUGUACGAAGACUUAUGGGACGAAAAUAUGAGCAACGAAAGGAUUACUCUUCAACUUUUCUUGGGAGAAGUUGUUGAUCUUAUUAAUGAAGGAAUCAUGUCGUCUUCGUGGGCAAGUAAAAAGAAGGCAUCAUUGGGAAUCUGUAAGCUCAGCGAAGUCCUUGGUGAAUCACUAUCUUCACAUCAUAGUAUUUUAUUGACCUCUUUGAUGAAGGAAAUUCCUGGGCGUUUAUGGGAGGGAAAAGAGGUUAUGUUAGAUGCAUUGUCAGGUCUUUGUUCUUCAUGCCAUGAAGCGAUUUCAGCAUCCAAUCCUGAUGCUCCUAAUGCUAUAUUGAGCCUUAUAUCUUCUGCAUGCACAAAGAAAGCACAAAAAUAUAGGGAAGCAGCUUUUGGCGCUCUUGAGAGGGUUAUCAAGGCAUUCAAAAAGUCUCAGUUCUUUAACAUGGUUAUUCCAUCUUUGCUGGAGAUGGGCAAUUCGCUCACUGUGGCCAAAUCAGAUGCAGAUGAACCAGAUACUUCACCAACUUCUUUACAAGAAAAAAUAUUGAAUUGCAUUACUGCUUGCAUCCAUGUAGCCACCACCGCCGAUAUCAUCAAACAACAGAAGAACUUCAUAGAUUUAUGUUUAUUAUCUCUCUCACCUAAAUUCUCUUGGGCAGUUAAAUUGUCAGCCUUUUCUUUUAGUAAAGAGCUUAGUUCAAAGCUGCAUAGUAGUUUGAACAACUCACAAGAUGGUGCCUUGCAAGCCAGCAUAACUGCUUUUAUUCAUGAGUUAUUUUAUACUCUUUCGCCCGAACUACUUAAGUCCCUGCGCACGGUAAAAAUUGGGCAGGUUCAUUUAGCAUGUGCUGAAUGUCUUUUGGAGUUAACGAACAAGUUCAGGGCAGCUCCGCCUGCCCAGUGGACUGAGCCGGAGUUUAUGAGUGAGCUCGUUGAACUUUCUCAAAUCGAAAAGAACGAGGAGGCCAAGUCUUUGUUGAAGAAAUGCAUCCAAAUCUUAAAAGAUGAUGUAAAACCCUCACCUUAAUUUUUUUUCCCUAUAUCUUCUCUUUUCAAUAAAGUUGUACCACCACACUUGCUGCAUUCACUUCAAGAAACAGAGUAAAUUUACCCAAUGGUUUAUUAUUGUUAGUUUGUAGCAGACAUAUUCUCCUGAAUAACAAUAUAUACACAGCUUCGAAAUGAACACCAAUAUCAUAUUUUACGAUGCUAA